CUGGCGACAUAUGUAUGGUUGGUGAAAGGAAUGAUUUAGUGGUUGACUAAAAGUCGUUGGACACUUUUCACGGAGGCGCUAUAUACAGUACUCGGUGGCGUUUCGGGUCGGGCCGGGUCAAACCGGUUAACGAUAUCAGAGAAAGUCUUCUCAAUGGCUCCAACGAUUACGACGACCUACACAUCAAUUCCGAUCCCUACCGGCGACGUCAUCUCCCGAUCAAUCCACAAUCUCACUUCCGCUAUCUCUCGCCGCCGUCCCUGGUCGGAACUCGUCUUUUCCGGCGCCUUCUGCUUCCCGGAGCGAUUCUCCUCUCUUCCCCUCCGAUCUCGGACUAAUCUCCGCUACUUCUCCGUCAACUACUCUCUCAUUAUCGGCACCUGCGCGGCGUUCGCUCUCGUCACAGCCAGUCCCGUCGCGCUGGUCGUCGUCGGAACGAUCAUCGCCUUGUGGCUUCUCCUUCACUUCUUCAGGGAAGACCCUCUUCUUCUCUGGGGGUUUCAGGUCGGUGAUCGGACGGUGGUGUGUUUCUUGGUCUUAGCUUCCGUUUGGGCCUUGUGGUUUACAAGCUCCGCCGUGAGCUUGGCCGUAGGUGUCAGCGUUGGCUUGCUAUUGUGCACCGUUCACUCCUUAAUUAGGAACUCUGAUGAACUUUUCCUUGAGGAAGAUGAUGCUAUAACCGGAGGCUUGAUCGGGUCUAAUCGCCGGUGAAAUUUACGGAUGUUAAUUAUUUGUUUUUUUUUUUGGCUACCCUUAAAUUAUCAAAAUUUUCCAAAGAGGCCAUAACUUUUUGUUUGUUUGAUUUCUUGUAAAUUUGUGAGGAUGAUGUGAAAUCUGAUUACUUGUUAUCUUCUUGGAUUGUAAUCACUUCUUGUUUGAUUGAUUAAAUUCUCAAGAGUGAGAGAAACCAA